CCCGCGCAGCUCGCCGUCUCCAUCCGCUCGCUCUACGCCUCGUUACGCUGAGCUCCGCGCCGGUCGAGCAAGCUAGAAGAAUUCUCGACAGCGAGUCAGAGAGAGUGAGAGGGCGCUGCGAAUGGCAGGCGGCGGCGUCGUGUUCGAGCCCCGCGCCGGCGUCGUGGCCCCGGGCGUCGCGGGCGGCGACGUCGUGUUCUGCGUCGCCAUCGCGUGCCUCUCGCUCCUCUCCAUGAUCAUCUUCGCGGCGGCCGGCUCCUCCGCCGGAGGGAAGCGCGGGCGCGCGAGCGGACCGGUGUUCGUCGGCGGGAAGGGCUGCGGCUGCGGAGGCUGCCGCGCGGGCGCCGGCGUCUGCGGCACCUACCUCUCCUGACCGAGCACGCGCACCAGCCCCGCGUGAGCAGAGGCUCGCCGGCGUGCGCGGCGCUGUACAUACCCACGCGCGCACGGGCCGGGCGAAGCGUGUAAAAAUAAGAAGCUGAAAGCUUUGCUCCACUGUGCCCAUGGCUGCUGCCUGCUGCUUUCUUUUAGCUCUCCUUUCCCUUUGAUUUUCUUUCUGAGGACAGUCCUGCUUGGAUACCAUCAGUGUUACUCCGUUUUUAGAUGAAGAAAUUAAGUGUUACUCCUACCAAACACCAUGCUGUGAUGAAAGAGAUGUGUGGCUUUUUUUUU